GAUCCUUGUAAAAAAAAGUAACAACGCGAACAACUGCAUUUAGUAGCACUGAUGUGACGCUUUAUUAUACGGCAGUUACCGAGAUAUCAUCACAACGAACUCUAGCGUAGCUGAUUACGGGAUGCGAAGGGAUAUCAUCUAUUAGGACUACUCGAGAUGGCAGACGAAGAGGACGAGCAACGCGCGCAAACGAGCGACAACGAUUUAGACCUCGACAAAACAGAUCUGAGCAGCGAAGAUGGCGCCUCCGAUGACGAGGGUGAAUCUCUACAAGUGGAAUGGCUCGCAACGGGCCGAGAAAAACGAUCUACGGCCGGCAACCGCAUGAAAUCUAUGAUCGCUGCCGAAGAACCCGACGACGAUCUCGAGCUCCUCUUUGCCGAGGAUGAAGAUGACGCAGGUUUCACCGAUGUCGAAGAUGCCGGCUCUGAUGUGCAGAUGGACUCCUCAUCGGACGAAGAGGAUGCGCAAGAGAACGGUGACGAACUAGAGGGAGAGAAGGAGCUGGAAAAGCGUGCGCGGGAAAGCAAACAAGCCGCACGAAAGCGAAAAGCCCAAGAAGCGAUCCCCAUCAAGUUUCGCAAGAAAGUCAAGAUUGCGCCCACCCCUUCAGGAAGCUCGAUGGCGCCCGAACCGAAGCCAAGACCCAAGAAGAAAUCCGAAAGGAUAAGUUGGCUGCCUUCGCCUGCCGACAUGCCCACGCGAGCUUCCAAACGAGAGACCACGAUGCUCAGCAAGGAGCAGCUACAUCAACAAAUGAUCGAACGUGAAGUCAAGCGUCUCAAGCAAGUCGAGGCUAUGGAAAAGAAAGCCAAGAAGAUGGAAGCCCUGAAGAAACCACCCAUGACACAGGCUCAGAGGCUGGCCGAAGCUGCCAUCGUGGAGAAGAAGAAUUCGAAAAGCUUAAAUCGCUGGGAAGAGGCCGAGAAGCAGCGGGAAGAAGAACGAAGAGCUAAAUUGGCGGCUUUGAACAACCGAACCCUUGAUGGUCCGGUAGUAACUUUCUGGAGCGGAGUUGGCGAAUGGGUUGAUGGCAAGUUGAAACAUGUUGGCAAGAUCGUCACCAUUGAGGAAAAGCCAGCUAAAAAGAAACGAACCUCUGUCGCUGGCCACGAAAUACCUACGGAUCCUUCAAAUAUGGAGGAACCUGACAAGCCUAAAGAGUCUGGGCCAGCUAACGCAGAUAAGGCGGAAAAUAAAGAACCAGGACCAACCUCAACUGAAGCCUCAAAAGCAAAAGAGAGCGAGGCUAAAGAUGGAACUACGCCGAGUCCCACCGUCUCUAAAGAGCCCAUCACGGGUGAUGGCGAAAAGUCAUUACCUACAUCGGACCCUACAACUACACCAACUCAGGUAACAUCCGUUGCGGUUCCUAGUGCGCCUCCAGUCGCGUCGGAUCAAUCUCCAAAGGAUACAAUACCUCCGCCUCCGGCAGCGAGCUUAAGUGAACCGCCACCUCGACCUCAGGAGCCAAAGCCCUCGGAAGCCAAAAUUACAGAGAUGAAAGCACCAGAUAUGCGACCUCCAGCAACAGGCAUUUAUACUACCAGCGUAUUUGCGCCUCCUCAGCCGUCACAACUAAUGAAACCACCGGAAUUGAAACCUCCUAACAGUUUCUUGGCUCCACCGGCAGGAAUUACUCAAGGCGGCCUUUCUAUGCCAAUGAUAGGUUAUCAUUCUACCCCUAAUACUACCAACCCUUCAACCGUCCUAGCACCCCCUAAUACAGCCCAAAGGCAAUCACCUCUUUCCAUGCCUCAGACGGGAGCUUGCCCUCCUCACAUGUCGACCCCAACUCACCCUAUCCAACCUUUAACACAACCUGGACCGACUCCUGCGCCUAUGUCUACACCUACGCCGAAACCUACACCUACUUCUUCUAUACCUACCUCCUCGCUACCUCCUACACCUGCUCAAAUAUCUACACCAACACCAGCGCAGAAGUUUACUCCAGCGGCUCGAUAUACCUCUAAAACUCCUCUUAGCACCAUCAAGUCUUCUAAGGCCAACGCCCAGAGACAUCAACCUAAAGAAGCCCCGCCACCACCGCCACCGUCGCCUCCUGCUAACGGCAAAGCUACGCGAAAUUGCAUUAUCUUACAGAACUUCAACGAGAACGCCGUGAAGGAAAAGGCCGUGCAGAAUCAGAUUCUGUUCGGUAAGGACAUGGCUAAGCUGAGCAAACCGACACCAGCUCCUCGUUGUGUCAUCACUAAUCACCCGGCACGCUAUAAAGAUCCUAAGACUGGACUGCCGUAUUACAAUGCGUACGCAUUUCGGGAGAUACAGAAACUCUGGCGCGGCGAGUAUAGGUGGAGUCGCUUGGCGGGCGCGUGGAUGGGUAGCGGAUCUUAUGCGGCGACUGGCGUGCCGGCUCGGUUUUUGGACCCCGACGCACCGGGACCGCAAAAGAAAACGGAAACCACUGAAGGUCCUAAGGAAGACGCGCCGGAGCCAAACAAGGAUGCUGUGCCGGCUGUACCAGCUACACCAGCUACACCAAUUGCAUCUACUGAGUCAAAGGAGCCGGCUACCAUUGCAAAUGUAGUAUCUCCACCAGUAGCUACUACGCCGAAUCCACCUGUAACAGAGGCUCAGGCUUCAGUUCCUCCAGCUUCAACUCCAACUCCAGCCCCGCCCCAAGCUGAUGUGUUAGCAACACCUUCAAACUCGACACCCGCUACUAUUGCUCCUCCAACAAUCCUAGACGCAGAUCCAGAAACGGUUCCUCUAGCUCCUCCAACUCCCCCAACUCCAAUAUCGGCUACAAAUGCAACGCCUAUGGCGAUUGGGAAUCACGUAAAUAGCGAGAUGUGAUAUCUCCAAGAAGGGUAUCAUUGUGGGAAUCAAGUAUAGACCUAGAUAUACCUACGUGCUACCAAAACACAACCGAACGCCUAACAAUGCAAUUCAUCCCAACCCACUCACCCCUUUGAUACGUCUUGCAUCUAGCGUCUCUU